AUGCGAGUAGCACCAUUAUCAAAAAGAGCUAUCAGAAGUCUCUUGAAGGAAAAACCCCAUCUUUUUUCGGAACCAGCAAGGGUUAAUGACUCUGAAAAAUUUUCCAUUUCGGAUUAUCACGUACUUUAUAAACCCAAGACAUCCCCGAACGGAACAAUUGCUCUUCCUCAGAUGGGAAACCCCGAAUUAUUCAAGAAACCAGAAACAAAAUACAACAAAACAUCUUACGACAGACUAAAACGAUCUAGCGGUGAAACAGUAUAUCCCGAAGUGCUGGUCAUCCUCGAUUAUGAUGAAAAAUAUACCACAAUUUACGAAGUGCGCUUCCUGAAGCUGAUUAUUUACACAAUAAAUUUUUGGAACUCAGUUAAUCUUCGAUUCAGCACUCUUAAGGAUCCAAAAAUACAGUGGAGAUUGACUGGCAUCGUGAUCAAUAUGGACCGGAAUGCAAUUUCGUUCAUAAACGAAAAUAUUAGAUCAGGGAAGUUAAAUAAUAAAAUUGGAAUUAUUGCAGCCAACUGGCUGGAAUACUCUAUUCCUGAUGCAACCUACGAUAUAAUCGCCAUGCAGACAAAUUUGGCGCUCUGUUCAAUGAAGAAAGGAGUCUGUGGUGAACAAACAAUUUUGGGAACUGCCCACGUUGACUCAUGGUGUCCUGGCCUUUACGGUCGGCGAAUGAUGACUGCAGUAAUUCACGAUGAUAUGAAGUAUUCAGGGGUACAGGUCGCAGCCCACGAAAUUGCUCAUCUACUGGGGGCUAGGCACGACGAACCCGGAUCACCGGAUGACUGUUUGGCUACGAGCGGUUACAUAAUGACUAAUGAUUAUGUCCUACAGACGCGUCCUUUCGAGUGGUCUCGGUGUAGUAAAGAGAGCAUUUCCAACAGACUUCGGUCACAGAUGGAGGAUUGUCUAGACAAUGACACUCCUAUUUCAGCACAAGGAGAUUUGGUGGAUCAGGAAUUAUUACCGGGUAAAAGUAUCACCGAGGAAACGCAGUGCAAAUGGAAAGGCUAUACCAAAGCUUGCCAAUCAUCAGAUGUUUGCCAGGAACUUGAAUGCCAACGGUGGUUGAUAUGUUGGAACACUGGUCGUGCAUUUGAUGGGACACCAUGUCCUGGUGGCAGAUGUAAAAAUGGAAAAUGUAUCAAAAAUCGAAAACAGUGGGAUGAUGACUGAGUAGAAUUUGAGAUGGAAAAUGUGCAGAGGUG